ACAUCAAAGUAAGGUACACAGAGUUAUUGUAGAGCUCAACAACAGAUAAACAAAAGGGCAACACAAAGCUCUCUAAAAACCCUAGCAGCCCACUUCAUUUCGUAUAUUAAUAUAGAGGCGCCCCCCUUUCAGCAAUCUCCAAACCCUACCAGCCAUGGGUAUCGAUUUGAAGGCCGGAGGUAAGAGUAAGAAGACCAAACGUACUGCUCCUAAGUCCGAUGAUGUUUACCUUAAGCUCCUCGUCAAGCUUUACCGAUUUUUGGUGAGGAGGACCGGAAGCAAAUUCAAUGCAGUGAUUCUCAAGCGCCUCUUUAUGAGCAAGACCAACAAACCUCCACUUUCUCUCUCGAGAUUGAUUUCUUUUGCCAAAGGAAAGGAGGACAAGACUGUUGCCAUUGUGGGUACUAUUACCGACGAUGUUAGGGCGUAUGAAGUUCCUAAGUUGAAGGUGUGUGCCUUGAGGUUCACAAAGACAGCCAGGGCAAGGAUUGAGAAGGCUGGUGGUGAGUGUUUGACAUUCGAUCAGUUGGCUCUCAGGGCUCCACUUGGCCAGAACACGCUUCUCCUCAGAGGUCCUAAGAAUGCACGUGAAGCAGUGAAGCACUUUGGUCCAGCUCCUGGUGUUCCGCACAGCCACUCCAAGCCAUAUGUGCGUUCCAAGGGACGAAAGUUUGAGAGAGCUAGAGGAAAGAGAAAGAGCAGGGGUUACAAGGUUUAAGUUAUCUGUGUCGGUGGUUUGUCAUUUGUAUCGUGGCAGUAUAAUUUUUGCAGACUCUAGUAUGCCGUUGCUUAUGUUUACUCCCUUCUUGUUAAGGAUAUUUGAUUUCUAUCUACUCUGAAACCAAGUUUUAGUUUAAAAUGACUGCAGUGCUUCAGUUUAUUUGCUUUAGCAAAUGUCAGGAAUUUUGACUAAUUGUAUUUUAAUAAACUCCCCAUCUUGAUGUUCUGUGGA